AGCGCAGUCGGAAAACUUACGGCGCUGUCCGUGGUGCUGGAUCGUCCCGCUGCGUCCCCCCACGCCCACCCUCCUCCUCACAAACCCCACACCCCUCCUAAACGUGUGAGGAACCCGACCAGCCUGCGAGCGUCAUCUUUUCCACCUCCUCAUGCCCGUCUCGUGUAAACCCAGGGACGAUGGGAAGUCAACAGUUUCUGCCACCAGAUUUAGUCUGCGUGAGGACGUGAGCGAAGGACUUGUGGAUUUAAACCCUCAAGCAGGACUCGGUAUCUGCACGGCAAAAUGUUUCUGAAGACGUCCUUUCUUACGUACUUUCACUGGUUAUCUAUUUACUGACCUGCCCGAUUGAGCCAGUAAGCAGCGGCCAUUCAUUCAUCCAUUCACUCAUUCAUGACAGGAAUUCCAACAUGUUGUCAAAAAAAUGAACUGCUGUAAUUUAGUAAUUGCCCUUCAAGCAUAGGACGACUGCGUUUUAAUCGGAGAAGAGCGACGAAACCCACCGAGACAUGGCUCGUCUGCUUGUUUUGGUCAACUCCGCGGUCCUGUUGCUUUUUGGCAGCGACAUGUUCUUGGUAGGAGCAAACCGGCCACCGGCUCCUGUCAACGUGUCCGUCAUGCACCUGCGGGCCGACUCGGCAACUGUCUCCUGGGAGGUUCCAGAGGGAGAUGUCAUAAUCGGCUUCUCUAUUUCCCAACAGAGGCAGGAGGGACACAUGCAGCGAUUCAUUCGGGAAGUCAACACUACCAGCCGCUCCUGUGUUCUCUGGGACCUGGAAGAGGAGACAGACUACAUCAUCCAGGUCCAGUCAAUUGGCCUCUACGGGGAAAGCCAAGCCAGCAAGAAAGUCCAUUUUCGCACCCUCAAGAAAACAGACCGCUUUCCCUCCAACAGCUCCAAUCAAGAUGACCCCACUGUGCAGGGCCUGGACAAGUCCCGGCAUCUGCAAACAGGAGAGAUGAUCAUAAUUGUGGUGGUUUUGGUCAUGUGGGCAGCUGUUAUUGCCCUCUUCUGCCGGCAGUAUGACAUCAUCAAGGACAACGACUCCAGCAACAAUAAGGAGAAGGCCAAGCCGUCAUCUGAGAGGAGCACGCCGGAGCACCACAGCGGAGGGCUGCUGAGGAGCAAGUUUCAUCCUUCUGUGCCAUCCAUCAAUAUCAUUGAAGUUUGAGAAGAAGGAAGCUGAAGUUAAAUUCCUCUCUCUUCUACCAUCAAUGCAUUUUUGACCUUUCUCACUGAUGGGGAAAAAAAAACAAAGCUGAAAAUAUGUUUAGUUUCUGUGGGUCAGCAUCAGUGAUUAAGGAUGGCCAAGGCUGUCUUGCAAAAGACACGUAUGCAUGUACACAGUAUUUGUAGAAAAAUAUUAAACUACACACGCACACACGCACACACACACACACACACACACACACACACACACACACACCGUUAGCUGACAGAAACCUUCUCCUCCAGGUGUGAUAGAACAUAAAUUAAUGUUAACCCAUGUUGCAGUUAACAUUGAUGUCUUUGCCAGGUGCUUGGUAUGUAAUUGCAAUACAAAACACAAAAUACUACUUUUCAUCUCUGGGAGGCCUCUCUUCGUGACUUUAAAUACGCAGUGUAUUUUUGAUAUUGGCAUGUGUGAUUUGAGACCAAGUUCACCUGCUAUAGGCAUCUCAGCUUUAAAUAAACCUGCAUUCUUCACUGCAAAUAGUGUUCAUAUAUUGUCUGAUCACAAUAUAUUAUCUGAGUGCUGUGGGUAGAUCACUAACAAGGAGAGAAAGCAAAUAGUACACGUGUCCUAAAUGCAUUUGUAAGAGCCACCACAACAACAUGUCUAAAUAUUUUCUAAUUAUUCAAGCUAAAAUACCAUUUUCUGGAUAAGGUUGUAUUUUUUCACAUUUCAUACAUAACAAACAUUGUACAUAUUUCAUGCAUUUACUAAAUGAAGUUGCAUGCAGGUCAUUUGCCUGUAGAAUAGCAUUCGAUGUGCAUUCUAAGUUAGAUGCCAAAAGCGGAGAAAUAAACAUGAUUGCCGUACUGUGAA